UGUCCGCUGAGUUCGCGUAUGAAAACAAUAAACAACUCGAAAGAGAGAAACGGGAGACGACUUGUCGCUUGGAUUCGACAAAAUAUAAAAUAGACGAGCUGAAGCAGCCAACGAGAGGAAGACAGCGUAACGCUUCUUCUGUGGCUGACACGAAGCAUUUCCGAAUUUAGGUGUCAAACAAGAAGGGAAAAGUUGACGGUUUUUGCUUCCCUCCGUAGCCCCUCUACCCCCUUCCCUCGGCUUGUUCCUCAAUUGUACACGGUUGUUUGUUUGUUAUGCAGUUACCUGAGAAUCGCUUUCUUUUUCGUUUUCCUACAUCACCAAUUCAUUCCCUUGCCCCGAUCUCUCCGGCCCCAUGUCCCGCUGGCUCUUCCCUUGGUCCGGCUCAAUCAAGAAGCGGGCCUGUCGGUACCUUCUGCAGCACUACCUUGGUCACUUCCUCCAGGAGCGACUGAGUUUGGAUCAACUGAGUCUGGACUUGUACAACGGCAGCGGGGUAAUCCGAGAUAUUAACCUCGAUGUCUGGGCGGUAAACGAGUUGCUAGAGUCGGUCGGGGCUCCCCUGGAGAUCGUGGACGGUUUCGUGAGCAGCAUCGCAGUCACCAUCCCCUGGGCGGCGCUGGUCACGGACCACUGCACCCUGGUGGUCACCGGCCUCCAGCUGACAUGCAGACCCAAAUACAGGACCAGUGGGAGCUGGGACUCCCAGGGAUGGUCCUCAUGUAUGACCUCCAGCAUGCAGCUAGCCCAGGAGUGCCUGAAGGACCCCCCUGAGGCGUCCGAGGAGCCACCCGCACCUUUGGAGGGGCUUGAGAUGUUUGCACAGACUAUAGAAACGGUGCUGCGUCGGAUCAAAGUCACCUUCCUGGACACCAUUGUCCGGAUUGAGCACCAGCCCUUGGACCUUGACACUGGCAUCGCCUUGGAGGUGCACAUUAAAAGGCUGGAUUACUGUGAUGAGGCGGUUCGGGACUCCAGUCAGACAGUGCCUGUGGAUAUCCACCAACCCCCUGCUGUCCUGCACAAGAUCCUGCAGCUCAGCUCUGUGCAGCUGCUUUAUGAGAGCACGGGCAUGCCUCAGGACAGAGGUGUUGGGGGCAGCGUGAAUGAAGAGAACUCCCCUGGAGUAGCUUCCCCAGAGACCCCUGCCAUGCCACAGCGGCCUCUGCUGAUCGGUAGCUGCUCUGGAUUCAUGGAGACCACCGUGAAGAUCAAGCAGAACGAUGUGCUGCCCGGACCCAAGGUGGAGCUCGAUGGGAAGGUAGGCUGUCUCCAUCUGCUGCUAUCUCCCAACCAGAUCACCCACCUUAUGGACCUACUGUCUGCUCUCUGCAUUGGAACAGAUCCCAGAGGCGGUGAGGGCAGCCCCAGCCGACCUCUGGGCUCAGAGGACCUGCGUCUGAUAGAGGAGGACCUGAGCAAGCAACUGGGGUCUGACCUGGGAGAGGGGGAGCAGGAGCUGCAGGGGAAUCCCUUCCUGAGCGGCCUGGAAAACGGGGAGAUGUUCUACUCCAUGGGUACUGGCAUGAGCAGCAGUGUGAUGUCUGCAUGCUCAAGUAGCGAGUUGUCAGACAGUGACAUGGAGUCAUCUCUACACAGUCUGCAAAGCCUUGCUCCUGGGUUAAUGACAAACUGUCCAAGACGCUACCCUGUCCCAGGAUCACUGUCCAGUCUUCCACACAGCACCCGGAUCCCAGGUCGCUCGUCCCAUCGUAUCCAAUCAGAGUCCCUCAAGCCUGAUGGUUUGGUCCGCCUCUCCCUGGGCGGGGUCACCCUCACACUACUGGAGCAGGAGCCUCCCACUGGUCUCUUUGGGUCACUUGAUUCCAAUGGGCGAUCCUCAUUGGCUGAGGUGUCAAGGGUAUUUUUCCAGGAGUUGGCCUACUUCAAGGACAGCAUGUUCAGUGGAAGAGACUUCAGACACCUGAGAGAGAGUUUUGCCAAAGCCUGCCCACAUUCCCACCUCAGAAUGACGGGUGCUGCGGUCCAGGUGUUGUGUGAGAUGAGGAGUGGGGGCCGCCAUGCACGGCAGGUGACCUCUGACGUCUCCUUCAGCCGGCUGGAGCUGCUGGAAUGCUUGUGGGAGCCAGGGCCACCCCAGUAUACUGAGCUGCUGCAGUUUCAGAACAUCGGCUCCUUCGCUGUGGGGAAGACAGCCAGGCCCUGUGCCCAGCUACAUUACAGCCUGACAGAGAGACAGCAUCGUAAGAACAGUGCUAAGCAGCGUGUGGUGUAUCAGGACAGCACGCUGCAGGUGGAGCUGGGGGAGAUGAGCACAGAGCUGGAUCUUGACAUGCUGAGUAGACUGGAGCAUCUGAUCCAGGCCCUAAGCCACAGAACAGCACAGAGCGAAGGGAGCGCCCUCUCCCACGUGCAAUAUUGUGAGCUCCACUCCUCCCUCAUGGUGCUGUCUCCCCACCUGGUUCUGAAGGUCCGAUUCCCCAUCCCGGACCUACGCCCCCCAGGACAGCGCCGCCCGCCUGGCCAGCGGGCAGUACGGAGUGAGACGCUGAGCCUGGACGUGUUGCAGCUGGAGCUGCGCUCUCAGCAGGGCCCUGACCCCCAGCCGCAGGCUACUGCCAAUGCCCGCAUGACGCAGCUACUUGAGGCCCGCUUCUGCGACCUCCACGGAGUGUACGAGGACUGGGAGGGGGGGUCUUUCCCCUGCAUACGAGUCCAGAUGAACCCAGAGUCCAGCAGCCCAGGCAACAUGCCUUUGAUCUCUGUGCGGGUGAGUGGGGGCGGUGGGGAUGGUGACCACAGGGCCAGGCUUGGUGGGGACAGAGACCUGGCCUCCAUGUCCCUGGAGAGCCCCUGCGAGCUGAGGGAGCGAGAGAAUUCCCCUUUCUCCUCCAACCGCACCAUGUUUGAGACUGAAGAGAUGGUGAUCCCAGCUGAUCCAGUGGAGAUGAGGGAGUUUCAGUCUCAGUGUGUGUCUCAGUGUCAGUGUGUAGUGGACAUCACUCUGCCCCUGGCUGUCAUACUGCUGCCCAGCAAGGAGGCCUACCAGAGUGUGUACAACAGGAUCAAUAAUGACCUGCUGAUGUGGGAGCCCCCGCCUGAGACUCCCUCCGGCCCCCACAGCCCCCGGCGCUGCUCGCUGCAGGUGCAGGAUGACGACUUUCAGCUGUGCAAGUCUGCAUUCAGGCUCGACUCAGACUCUGAUGAGGAGGAGGCUCCAUGCGUCAAAGACGGUGAAUUUGUGAAGCAGCGGGCAGGGGGGCCGCACACAGGACAUGCCCAGAGCCUCCUGUCCCUGACAAUUCACAUUGGGAGGGGGCGUGUCCAGGCCAUGACGGACAGCAAGGGCGAAACAGGGCAGCAGCUCGAGCACUGCCAUGGAGAGGUGGUCCUGGAUGUGGAGGGGGGGAAGAUUUUCAGUGUAACACAGUACCAGGGUAACCCCCACCUCAACUUUCUGUGUCUAGAGAGCAAGAGAGUGGAGGUGUACCACAGAGCGGCUGUCCCAGACACCCCCCUUCCUGUGCGAUUGGAGAUGCCCCGCUUCACUCCACCUGAACACCUGGACCCUACCAUUUAUCCCACAGAGGUGGGGGUGAGCAGUGUGGGUAACAGGGAGCAGGAGGGCUACAUGCUAUCCACUGCCAUCAAAAUCACCCUGGACCUUCAGAAGAAUGUCAAGGAGUUCCUGGUCGCUCUUCGUCUCCAAGGUGCUACACUUCGACAUUACAUGGCAUUAACCAAUCAUAGCUGGCAUGAACAGCUGGUAGAUUUCCUAGAUGUGAUUGACGAGCCCAUCCUUGGUUACACCCCUCCAGCAGUGAUCACUGUGCUGCACACUCACCUGGUGAGCUGUGCUGUGGACUACAGGCCUCUCUAUCUCCCUUUGAGAGUGAUGUUCACUGCAGAAUCCUUCUCUCUCUCCAGCAACAUUAUUGUGGACACUGCGACUUUCCACCUCAGGUUCAUUCUGGAUGACUCUGCGUUGUACUUGUCGGAUAAGUGCGAAAGCGACAUGGUGGACUUGAGGCGAGACUAUGUGUGUGUGGUUGACAUUGACUUGCUGGAGCUGGCCAUCACCACUUGGAAAGGCAGUGACUCAGGGAAACUGACCCAGCCCCUGUUUGAGCUGCGCUGCUCCAACAACGUGCUCCACCUGCACACCUGCGCUGACUCCUGCGCAGCACUCAUCAACCUUCUGCAGUACCUGGUUGCCCACGGCGAUCUGCACCCGCCCCCCAGGCACGCCUCCCCCACAGAGAUUGCGGGACAGAAGCUUCUGCUGUCAGAAAGUCCUGCCUCCCUGCCGCCUUGCCUUCCUGCCGAAACAGCCGAGAUCAACCAAUACGAUCUCACUGAUGCUCUGAUUGACAUGGAGAGGAUUCAACGGGAUGAGGAUGUGGAUUCAGGUUCUCCAGCAUCAGUCCCGAGGGGCUCACCUGUCUCAGUAUACCUAUUUCCUGGAGAGGCCCCCAAGCUCUGCCCUCCUGAGGAACAGGAGGAACCUGCGCUUGAUGGCCUGGUCUCAGCGGCCCAGGAAUCUCAGCCUGACGUGGGAUCAGAGGAGGGGUCAGAGGGCUCCACUGACAAUGAUGACUUCUGCAUACUGGAAGCCCCGGGGAUAGGCAUUCCACCCAGAGAUGGGGAGCCGGUGGUGACAGUCCUGUGCCCCAGCCCUAUCCAGGUUCGGGACGGUUACUUCUCUCGCCCCCGGGGCAGCUCUGACCUCCUGCGUGCCCCCUCCCGUUUCCCAGUGCCCCAGAACAGGGUUGUGCUGAGGGAGGUGUCUGUGGUCUGGCAUCUGUAUGGGGGCAGAGACUUCGGGGGAAAGCCUAUCUCCACCCACAGCCAGCACAGGGGGCGCCCUGCUCCCUCCGGUGCACGUGGUUCCCCCUCUCGCUCUGCAGCUCCUCCUCGUCCCCAGAACUCCUGGCGUUGGGCAGGGGGCAGUGGCCGACAGCACAGUCUCCUCAUGGAGAUACAGCUCACCAAGGUCAGCUUCCAGCACGAGUCGUACCCGCUGCCAGUGUCUCUGUCUGUUCCGGGGCAGGACACAGAGGGUGCAGGGGUCAGGGAGCAGCCUCUCUCCAGGCAGGUGUUCAUUGUGCAGGAGUUGGAGGUGCGCGACCGGCUGGCCUCCUCCCAAAUCAACAAGUUCCUCUACCUGUACACGAGUGAGAGCAUGCCCCGCCGGGCGCACUCCAACAUGUUGACAGUGAAAGCUCUGCAGGUGUGUCCUGAGUCAGGUCUGGGGGGUCCAGAGUGCUGCCUGAGGGUCAGCCUACUGCCCCUACGCCUGAACAUCGACCAGGAUGCUCUGUUUUUCCUCAAAGACUUUUUCAGCAGUCUGGCCAGUGGCAUCACUCCCUACCUGCCCGUUGACCCAGCAACCGAAGUGAAGGCUGAUGGUUCCCAGAAGCCAUCCGAAGAGGUAGAGUCAGGGGCCAGUUUAGGACCUGAUCUAAGUGCUUCCAUGGAAACUACUGUCAGUGAACACAGCUCCUCCUCCGCUGGCUCCUCCUCUUCGACUGAUCAGCCAAUUUACUUCAGAGAGUUUCGCUUCACUUCAGAGGUACCUAUUUGGCUGGAUUAUCAUGGCAAGCAUGUCGUCAUUGAGCAGGGGACAUUUGCGGGGAUCUUGAUUGGUCUCGCCCAGCUCAACUGCUCUGAGCUCAAACUGAAGAGACUAUGCUGCCGACAUGGGUUGCUGGGCGCGGACAAGGUCAUUCAAUACGCCAUCAAUGAGUGGCUAACCGACAUCCGCAAGAACCAGCUGCCGGGAAUUCUGGGAGGAGUGGGCCCCAUGCACUCUGUGGUGCAGCUCUUCCACGGGGUGAGAGACUUGUUCUGGAUGCCGAUUGAACAGUACAGGCGCGAUGGCCGCAUUAUCCGGGGUCUCCAACGGGGGGCAGCCUCCUUUGGCACGUCUACAGCAUCUGCCGCCUUGGAGCUCAGCAACAGACUAGUACAGGCCAUACAGGCAACAGCAGAGACAGUGUACGACAUCCUGUCUCCGACACCCCCCCUGACACGCUGCAUCACAGAGGGUCGCCCUGCCUCCCGCCCACGCCGUGCCCCCCAACCAGCUGACUUGCGCGAGGGUGUGGCCAAGGCCUAUGACACCGUGAGAGAGGGAGUGAUUGACACGGCCCAGACCCUGUGUGACGUGGCAUCUCGCGGACACGAGCAAAAAGGCUUGCCUGGGGCAGUGGGUGGGGUGCUGCGGCAGAUCCCACCGACUGUGGUUCGCCCACUGAUUGUUGCCUCGGAAGCCACCUCCAAUCUGUUGGGUGGCAUGAGGAAUCAGAUCAAACCAGAUGCAAGGAAGGAGGACUUCUUAAAGUGGCGCACAGAGGAAAGCCAGGAGUGAGAGUGAGAGUGAGAGGGAGGGGGAGGGAAAGGGGGGAGGUGUGCUAUUCCAGCCCUGAGUCAUGCAGGGAGUGGGAGAAUGUCAGGGUGCGUGUAUGUGCAUGCACACAAGUUAAAAAUGCAAAAAAAGAAAACAAAUCCAACUACCGCUGCCCAUAGAGACAGUGUUUUAAAUGGCUUCCAAAAUGUGUCCUUGUUCUCUUGCACAUGCUGCUGUAAGAGAACCCUCCCUCAGUAUAUGUGAAAUCAUAUCACUUUUUGUGCACCAAGUUAAAACAAAAGCAUUUCAGUGAUGUCAACGAUACAGGACAAAACACAGAGCUGGUUCUUAGUUCUCCAUCAACGAUUGAUCAUAAGGAGGACUACACUCUUUCUCCUGUUUGUUCUUCAUAGAUAGCUACUGAUAAAUGUUGAGAGAGAUAAGAUUGUCUUAUUACCUGUGGGAGUAAUUCUGUGGGACGGUGACGGUGGAAGGACUAGAAUGAAGUGGCCUUUUCAGCAUUAGCUGAAUGUUGGAGAGAAGCGUGUCGACUCCACACUUGCCCACAAUGCCCACACCUGUGUAUGUGCUGUGUCUUGUGCUGUGCUGUCCUGCCUCCAGCUUGCUACUGUCUGUGCCAUAAGCCUGUUUAAUUUAGGGAACACUUCGGUGCUUACAUUCUUCCACUUCUCUCUCUUGUCCCCCCCCCAUGUCAGUGAUGUCCAUGCGCCAUUAACGCAACAGUUCUGCAAUUAUGUUUGGCUAUGAGAGCGUUAUGCCUGUGGAAGACUGGCUGAGGGUUCUCCCUCCUAGCCUAGAUCGCCUCUGUCUAGCAUUCUCUCCUUGGACAUGUGCUCGACGUGUCUUUGCUUUUUGCUUAUUAGUUGCCUUCAUUUCUUUUACUUUUGUUUUUAAUUUUGUUUUAUGAGAAUAUUACCAUUUUGAUUUCCACAGUCUUCUGUAUGGGGGUGUGUGCUGGUGGUGGCAGGAGAGAGAAGAAUGGGGUUUUUGACAUUUUACAUUUUUAUUAUCAUUUGUUAAUGGAGCAUAAAGUGUAAGGGAAGUGUGUGUGUGUGUGUGUGUGUGUGUGUGUGUGUGGGGCUGAGCAUGCAUGUUUUUGGGUUAGGUGUGUGUGCAUGUUACAUGAGUGUGACUGGUUGGUUGGCGCUUUGGAGUGUAUUUCUGUAAUUACUAUUAUUAUUACUAUAUCAUAUGCUGUAAGAACAAACUGUACCAUACCUAGACAAGGAGUAAAAAAUAUUAAUACAAAAAAUAAAACUUGAAAAAAAAAUUCUUGUGUUAAGUUUUUCCAUGCAUUACAGUGGAAGAGCAUAGCAAGAGAGAAGGGGCAGUGGGCAUGUCCUUGAUUCCCAGUCUCUGUGCGUGGGAUUGUGGGCAUGUCCAUGAGUCCUCUGACAUGUGAGCUGCUCAGCUGUAGGCUGUGGAUGGAGACUGAGGACAGGAGAGGAUGCCACACUGAAGAUGCUGGGAUGAACGCAGGAGGCAUGGAGGUUACCUAAUAUCAUAAUAAGAGUGAAUGUACCCACAUACUGUUGUAAUGCUUCCCAAGUGCUGAAUUCUGUCAAUUCAAACUAAUUCAGUCAGGUCCUAAAUUUUAUAUUAAAAGGUCCCCUGUGCACCACCAGAGUAAAUUAUUUUUGGGUCCAAACAGUGUGCAGAUGUUUGGUUAUUUGAUACGCUGCUUUGGGCUGCAUUUGCAUGACUUCCUGCCAUGUGGAGAUGUGCGUGUUUUCUUUUAACAACCUCUCAUUAGCUUCUUAGUUCAUGGGGUGUAUGAGUGGCUUCAACACUUGGCACUGUCAGUAACUUGCUGAAAUUCAGUGAGGGAUAAUUGCUGGAGUUGGCUCGGAUGACUAUCAUUCCUUUACUUUUCAUAACUCAUGUAAUGGUUAUUGAGCUUCACUUGCCCACUUGCUCUGAUGAUGAUUUGCAAUCCUAUCU